GAGAGGAAGUUUGUUGGGGGCUCUGGCCAGAUCAGUGAGAAAAUAAUGGAGCGCCUGGGAGGCCGGGUGAAGCUGAGGAAGCCCGUCGUCCGCAUCGACCAGUCGGGUGAAAAUGUCAUAGUGGAAACCUUAGAUCAUGAACUAUAUGAGGGCAAGUAUGUGAUCAGUGCCAUUCCCCCAGCUCUUGGUUUGAAGAUUCAUUUCAACCCACCUUUGCCCUCAAUGAGAAACCAGCUCAUCAACCGAAUCCCCAUGGGCUCAGUCAUCAAGUGCAUUGUGUACUAUAAGGAAACUUUCUGGAGGAAGAAGGGGUAUUGUGGUACCAUGAUCAUUGAAGAUGAAGAUGCUGCAAUUGGUUUAACCCUUGACGAUACUAAGCCUGAUGGCAGUUUUCCUGCCAUAAUAGGCUUCAUUCUUGCUCGGAAGUGUAGAAGACUGACAGGUCUCACAAAAGAAGAAAGGAAGACGAGGCUGUGUGAGCUCUAUGCAAAGGUGCUGGGAUCAGAGGAAGCUUUACAUCCAGUGCAUUAUGAAGAGAAGAACUGGUGUGAAGAACAGUAUUCUGGGGGCUGCUACACAGCCUACUUCCCACCAGGCAUAAUGACUCAAUAUGGAAGGAUUAUUCGGCAGCCCGUUGGCAGGAUCUAUUUUGCUGGCACAGAGACAGCCACAGAGUGGAGUGGAUACAUGGAGGGGGCUGUACAGGCUGGAGAAAGAGCAGCCAGAGAGAUACUGUUUGCUAUGAGGAAAAUCCCAGACAGUGAAAUUUGGAAGCCAGAACCUGAAUCAAUUGAUGUUCCAGCUCUGCCCAUCGCUACAACCUUCUGGGAGAGGAACUUGCCGUCUGUGCCGGGACUGCUAAAGCUAAUGGCAUUUUCCACUUUCUGCACCGCUGUGGCUGCAGCUGGGUUAUUUGCCUACAAAAAGGGACUUCUAGUUCGAAACUGAAAAAGGUGCCAAUGCAAAGCCUCACACUUGAGUGGUUUUCUUUUUUUCAGGAGAUUUUUUUUGGCAUGUACUUCCCUGUCUCCAAAAUCAGAUCAGGACUGGGGAAGAGGAGAAAACAGUAGUGAGAAGAGGCUGGAGGGGAGGGAUAAAGGAAGGGGAUCCAUGUUGAAAAAGAGCCCCUUGAAUCCAGGCCUACUUCUAGCAGUAACCUUUUGGUUGCUGAAUUUC